CACAGAUAAAAACUCACAAAAAAGAUAAAAAAAUAAAAAUAAAACUUGAUCUUAUUCUUAGUAUUAUGUUAUAAAAAAUGGCGCACCAUAUUAAUUGCAUGUUGUAUAUGUUGCUCUAUGUAUCAAUUACAUGUCGCAUAUGUUGCGCCACAUAUCAAUUGCAUGCUGCAUAUGUUGCGCCACAUAUCAAUUGCAUGUUGUUAAUACUUGAACUAAUCAAAGAAAAAAACAAUUUUGAUUCAUUUAAAAGCAAGACAAUACGAUAUAAAAGAUGUGAUUAAUUUGUCUUUGAAAAAAUGUUGCAGAAAAAGAUUACCGUUAAAUCUACAUUAAAACUGAAAUAAAUUGUUCUUCCUUUAAUUUUGGGUUGAUGGCGUAAACAAUAUGAACAAAAUUUGAUAACAUACAUUUAUCGAUUUAACGAUGAAUUUAUCAACGAUUGCUGACUUAAAAAUCAAUAAAAAUAUUGCAGAUUUCCCUCUUAUUGUUGCUUUUGGAUUUAUAUUUUUAACGGGAGGUGUUGGAAACGCACUUGUAAUAUAUGUCUUUUGUUUAAAAAAAAAGACUAAAACUGCUGAUUGGUUGAUUCUGUAUUUAGGAGUAGUAGAUUUUUUCUCAUCAGUUUUUAAUCCACCUUUGUAUAUUUAUUUCACAGUUUUUAAGCUUAAACAGUGGCACUUUGGUAAAAUUGGGUGCAAAAUUCUACCAGCAUUAGGACCAAUAAUGUCUUCUAUUUCCUUCGGAGUAAUCCUCAUUUUUGGAAUUGAUCGAUACCUAGCAAUAGUCUCCCGUGUACAGGGAUCUGUUUUAUCUUGGAAAACAGUCACUAUAGCUUUUAUAGCUGAUGUAAUUUUUUCAAUUUGCGGGUAUCUUCAUUAUAUAAUAGGAUUAAAAUUUUAUUCAUACUUUGGAAAUUCACUUUGUAUUAUCCCUGCUGAGAAUCUAUCUUACGAUGUACCAAAUUGUAUUCUCAUUAUUUUUCGAUUUUCUUUUUUUGUUGCUGUCCACACUUUUACAACUGCAAAAAUAUUUUCAACUCUAAAAAAUUGUCGACACCUGUCUUUUAGUAGGGAAUUACAACACAGACAUCGCCAGGACUCUAAAAAUACUAUAAAUGUGCUAAUAACAAUGGGAGUGGUGUUGAGUUUACUUGUUUUCCCAAAAGAGAUUUUACAUUUAACAUACAGUUUGUCUUGGUUAAAAAAUGGAAAAAAAAUUAUUAAUACACCCAAUUUACAAAUCAUAAACUCGUGUUUAAAAGUACUUCAUACAUCAAAUAGCUGUGCAAAUGUUUUUAUUUAUUCGAAAAUGCACAACGUUUACCGUAAAAACGUCGUUCAACUUUUUUUCAAAAUAUUUUGUAAACGAUCGCGUUCAAGACAAAGAGGGUUAACUGAGUUAAGUCUUAUUACAAAUCAUUCAAAGUAUUCUACAAGAAAAUAAAACAAUUUAAACUUUCUAAAUCAAAUCUUUUAUUAUAAGCUGAAAAAAAUUAUUAUAUUUCGUGUUUGAAAAUCACGUUUACUAAGUUUUUUUCAAUUUUUGUAAUGAGUUUCAUAUUAUUGUUGUAUCUUCCUUUAUAUUAGGGAUUCCGUGCCCAUGAGCACCACGGCGGCCGGU